AUGGAAUCGUACCUCCCACUGCUUCGAAUGGACUUCCGGGCUCGGUGUAGGACCUUCUUAUGUGUGUGUACGUUUCUUGUAGUGUUUAUGGUCCCCUGCCCCCAAGGACUUCCCGUAAAUGCUUCCAAGUUACUUCUUAAAAAUGACCGGGAUAAUGUGCGAAACGACAAGGAAAACGACUUACCAUUUCCACCGGAUCACAUUGAGGGGUUGAAACUUGAAAGAGAUGGACACCUCAAUCAAGAAUUCAGGAAAGAGGUAUUUUUGGGAAACGAACACGAGGAUUUUGAGAAUAUUCCCGAAAAGGAAGGCAAAGAAAGGUUGAAAGAUAUAUUUCAACAGGUGGAUACAGAUGGAGACAAACAGAUAGGAUUAUUAGAACUCACAGACUGGAUUUCAAUAAAGACAGAAGAACAUUAUAAGGAGGCUGUUGAGGAAAAUGAAAAAACAUUUUUCAAAUUUGAUCCUAACCAAGAUGGAGUAAUUUCAUGGGCUGAAUACAAAAUUUACUUCUUAAAAGUCAAAGGCUAUUCUCAGUCACUGAUUGAAAAAGUUGGUGAUGGAGAGUCAAAACUAGACCUUAAAGAUGACGAUGACUAUGAGUUAUAUAGAGAUCAAGACAGAUGGCAGCAAGCUGAUGAAAACGAGGAUAACAGUCUGACACAUGAGGAAUUCCUAGCAUUUAAGCAUCCUGAGCAUUGUAGAGGAAUGUUACGCUUAUUGGUUGAGGAAAUAUUACAUGACUUGGACCAAGAUGGUGAUGGCAUAUUGACGGUUGUUGAGUUUGUAUCACUUCCUAUUGGACAUGAAAAAGAACUAGAAAGAAUGGCAAAAGAAGAUGAGUGGGUGAGAGAACGUAAAAAAGAAUUUGAACAAGCCAUUGAUGUAAAUCAAGAUGGGAAGGUCACAGUAGAAGAACUAGAGGUAUACAUGGAUCCAAAAAGUCGACAUAAUGCAGAGAGUGAGGCCAGGCAUCUUAUGGGUGUAGCUGACAUCAAUGACGACGGUAGACUUUCACUGAAAGAAGUCCUCAUCAACUAUGAUUUCUUUAUUGGUAGCAAAAUGUUCAACUAUGCAAAAAGUGUCCAUGAUGAGUUUUAG